AUGUCACAUUUUGGAGGAAUGGAUUCAGCGAAACUUGAACAACUUGAAGCACUUUUGAACGUCGAUGUAGAAAAUCAAGAAUUCAUCAAGAAUUGCUAUGAAUGCGUCAUUAAGUACGAAUAUAAUGCGGACGAUCCACCGCAAACUAUCAGAAUAAUAAUUCAGUCGAUGAAAUGGCUAUUGGAAUAUGAACGCGCAUUUGCUGAUGAAUUACGUGAAAUAGCUGAGAAGGAAGCAAAUGAAUUCAAUGAGAAGGAGGAUAAACUGGAAAAGGAAGCGAGGACUCUAAAAAAUGAAAUUACUGAACUUCGAAAAUUAUUGGCUUCAAAUACGAAAAAUGAUGUAUAUAAAAGCGAAACGUUCCGUGUCGAUAAUCUUCAAGAAGAAAUUGCUUAUUUAAAUGCGCAAAUUCGUGGACGUGUUCGAGAGAUCAAUGAUGAGCGUGAUAAAAAUGAGGAAUUAACUGCUCGAGUGAAUGCUCUGGAGAAGGAACGAAAUUCUCUUAUUCAUCACAAAAGUUUACUAGAAGAUAGAAUACGCGAUUUGAAUCGCCAUUUGAGCAGUACAAAUGAGAUUUCGGCCAAGAUCGAAGCAGAUGAACGCAAACUGAACCAAAGGAAUGAGCAAAUAAUUAAACUUUCAUCGCACAUUAAGGAAAUAACGCAACGUAAUGAUGAAAUGGCGAAUGAAAUAGAUCGACUAUCUCAAGCUUUAGCUUCAGCUACAGUUUUUAUAGAAGACACAACGGAAAAAUAUGCGAGUAUGAGAAAUGAACUCAUCGAAAGUAAUAAGGUGAUUGAAAGACUUGCGAAUGAGAAUGAAAUAUUAACAAAACAAAUCGAAGUUAGAGGAGAAGCAUUCAAAAAAAUGGAAUACACUGAAGGUGCAACAAUUGAAUGUUAUCAGGUAUCUUUUUUUGUCCUUAUUUUUGAAUUUUCUGAAAUCGGCACUAGAAGUAUAGUGAAAAUUUAUUUCUCUAUUUAUGGUAUCGUUUUGAAGAAUAUUAUAAGCGGAAAAGACAGACAAAUCGAGGAACUUCAAGAGGCAACCCGUUCAUUUCAAGUAGAACUUGACAAAACUCGAGCGCAAAUACAGUUAAAUAAAAGUGAGGAGCGUGAAGAAGAACUUGAAAGGCUAAGAAAUGAGCUCGUCGAGGCUACGAAAUUUGCGAAACAAUUUUUUGGCUCAAUAAAUGCGGGAAGAGACCGAAAUAUAAUGGAGUUACAAUCCAAAAUAUUGCAACUCAACCAAGAAACAUUUGGUGAUGCUGAAAAUGAAAUAAGCCGACUUGAGAAGCAGUUGAAAUUCCGAGAUGAGCAAAUCGAGAAAUUGAACGUGAAAUGUUCAUUGCUCCAUUAUGAACUAAUUUCACCAUCGGAGAAGGCAAAUACUUCUUUCAGUGGCGUUCUGAACCUUUCGCAUGAGACUAUAAGAUCAGCUGAAGAAUCUUCCGAGGAUUCAACAUCAUUGUCGCCACCGAAAUUGAAGACAACCGAAGAUAAAAGUAUUGAAACUGACGUGAAAAAUACAGUUGAUACUGUACAAAAAGCACUUGCAACCGAAAAGACAGAAAUACAAACUAAAAUCCUAAGGCCGAAUACUCAAACGAUUGAGAGUUGGGAAGCAAGUGCAAUGUUAAUCGCUUCACAAAAUCAUGAACUCAUGAUUCUACUUCAGGAAAUUGAAGAUAAGGAUGAACAAUUACAAAGGAUGGAAAGAAUUAUGAUAGAUGCCACAAAAAAUUUUGAUUGUUUAACUGAAAAAUAUUCGAAACUACAAGAAGAAUUCAUUAAAUUCAAAGAGGUGAAAGAACGAGAACUUAAUAGAAAAAUUAACGAUACGAUUGCUGAGUAUGAAGUGGAACUUGAAUGGUACAAUAAGUUAUCAAACUCAGUGGAAAAAGGCGAACUUACAAAAGCAACAAUGCAUAGAAAAUUAAUAUCAGAACGAAUUCAAAGGUGUCGACUUGACAGGAAACUUCGAAUGAUCGAAAAAAAUUAUGAAAGCGAAAAAGAUAAAAAUAUUAAUUUGAAAAAAAAAUUACAAUAUAAUAUAAUGCUUCAUGGCAAACAAUUGAUAACAGCUCGAUAUGAAGCAGAAUUGACAACAUUGGAACUAGCAAGACUUCAGAAUAUUUUACUUCAUUCUGUACCACAAAGGGAAUAUGACAUAUUACUCGACAAAUAUAAACGAAUCCUAGUUGAAGAGAGUGGCGAUAUACAGCCAAGCCAGCUACGUUCCUCAUGCAAUCUUCAAAUCGAAUUGCUGCAAACAGACUGCAAAUCAAAUGAGAAUGAAUUGUUGGCUAAAAUCGACUAUUUAAAGAAUCUGAAUGACGUCCUAAAUAACCAAAACGAAUUCUGGAAAGCGGAAAAUGAUAAACUGAUUAAAGAAAAUGGUGAAUUGCAGAAAUUUUUCGAGGAAAUUGAAUGCGAAUCUCAUGUAAAAGGAAUGUUAGUUGCAAUUCAACGACGUUUCUUGAAACUUUUAACGGAACAAGCUGAUUAUAAUCGAAGCCAAACAUUUUCUGCAAAUCAAUUUCAUCGUCUUCGAUCGGAAUUUUCAACGAAAUCGCUUCAAUGGGUUGCGGAACGCAAAAAAUUGAUAAAAAUUAUACGCAACUUGCAGAUUUCUAUUCAGGUGAAUUUGCCUCGAUUUUACGCGUUUUCCGGCCGUGUUGAAAGCAAAUCUGAGGAAUUAGCAAUUCAACUACGAAACAUCGAAUCAAUCAAAUGGAGCCAUGAAAAAAUCAAGGAAAAUGAUUUUGAUGUUAUAAAAUUGCAAAAAUCUUUUCAAGCAAAUCAGUUCAAUUUAUUGAAUACGAUAAAUGAUUUGGAUAAUACUAAAUCACAACUAAAAAAAAAAGAAGAAAAAAUUGCUGAACUCGAGACAUACAUCGAACAACUGAAAAUACAAAUAAGUGAUUUGAUAACCGCGGAUAGCGAUAUUAUAUCAUUCAAUGUGGAUAACGCGAAAGCGCUCGCUGAGGAGAAUAUUGUAAGCGAUAUCACAAAUCCAGGAGACCUAGAAGAAAAUGCAAUCACUACUCAGCAAGUACCUUCAGCAACUAUAAAUAGCAGCGAAGCUGAGGCCGAACAAAAAGAAUGCCUUCAAACAAAAAUGAUAAUCUACGAUAAUUCGGAAAAAUGUGAAAAGAAGGUUGAAUAUAUUCGAGAAACUGCUCAGUUGUGCAUUGAAAACUAUAAGGAUCAAUUAAAAUAUAAGGAAGAAGUAAUCGAAAAAUAUAAAGAAAUUAUAAAACAAAUGGAUAAUAAGAAAAUUAGCGAAAAAAAUAAAGGAAUUUUGCUACAACGUGAAAAUGACGAUGAAGGAAAACUAACUGAGAAAAUGAAACGUUCGAAUGAAAUUUUAGAAAAUCAAAAAUUUGAUGAAAAUUUUCAACAAAUUUAUCGUUUAAAAAUGGAUAUCGACGAACUUGAAAAUGCAAAUAAACGUUUAAGUGAACGUUUAACGGAAAUCAACGAAACUUCUCAACGAAAUCAGCAACAACAACAAGUGCAACAACUAAAGGAAUACAUCGAUGGUUCAACUCAAACAAUAAAUUUAGAUGAAAUAUUUAAUGAUGAGAAAAUUAUCAACGAAAAUUAUCAAUCACCGUUGUCACCGUCACCAUCAUCGUUUAAUAAACCAUCGUUGUCACCAUCACCGUUUAAUAAAUUCGAUGAACAAAAUAAUCGAAUAAUCGAUUUAAAUGAAAAUCAAUCGUUAAAAAUUCCACAAGAAUUAAAUAAAUUAACGAAGAAAAAAUUACAAAUCAAAACCAAUGAUGGAAUAAGGAAUGAAAAUAAUAUUUUACAUGCGUUACGCAAAGAAGAAUCCUUAGUGAAUUCAUUGCGGAACGAAAUACGCACUCUUAAGGAACGACUUGCUACCCAAACUGCAAAUAAUAAGGAACUAAAGGAAGUAUGUGAAAAGAUACGUGAGGAAGCGUUAAGCACGAUUGAACAAAAGUAUUAUCGAACUGAAUUCGCAACGGGAAAUAUGGAAAAUAACGAAUUAUUUAAUAAAUUGGAAAAAACAAAAACGGAAGUGAUAAAUCUGAAAAGAACGGUUCGAAUACAAAAUGAAUUAAUUGGAAAACUUCAAAAAGAACAGAAAAAAUUUGAACUAAAAAAUUCAUCGGAAUGUGAAUCACGAGAAAGCGAACUUCAAGAAAUCAUUAAAAGAAGAGAAAAACGAAUUGAACAAAUGAAUCGAGAAGAAAAAUUACGAAUAAAUGAAUUGGAAAAGCUUGAAAUCACUUUAAAGGAUUUAAGAAUGAACAACGAUAAUUUUUUAUCAAUAAAAGAUGAGAGUGACAAGAAGAUAAAAAUGUUCGAAGAUAGUAUAUCAUUAAUCACUCAACAAAACACUUUGCUUAGAAAGGAAAAUGAAAUUCUUAAUGGAAGAUUGACGAAUUUACAAAACGAAUUGGAAGACGCCAACGAAAAAUUGCAAAGAAUUCGAGAAGAGAAAUCUCAAAAAAUAGAAAAUUUACAUAAAUUUUCAAAAUCAACUGAAAUUAAUGGAAUUGAGGAAUCUUUAUUUCAAAAAAAUUCGCGAGAUACUUAUGGAAAUACAGAAUACAGCGAGAUGCGACCUAAUCAAGCUGGAUUCGGAUCAGGGCCCGGUUGUGCUGACCAGAUAUUCACAUUAAGAAGGUACAAAGAGGCCUACGAAGAAGCGAGGGAAAGAUUAUUACUCGUUGAGAAGGAAUAUACGAAAUUUCGUAAGGAAUAUAAUAAAAUAAUAAAACGAAUAACGAAAAAAGAAUUCAAAGAGCCCGAGGAAAUUUCAGCAAUUGCUGUACUUCGAGAUAAAUUAAUGGCGAAGGAAAAAAUAAUCGAACAACAGAAUCAUCGGAUCGAAAUGCUCGAACGUGAACGAUGGAGAAGAAUCCUUUAA